CUCUCUCUGCCCGGCAGACGGUGGGCAAGAGCAGCAAGAUGCUGCAGCACAUCGACUACCGCAUGCGGUGCAUCCUGCAGGACGGGCGCGUCUUCAUCGGCACCUUCAAGGCCUUCGACAAGCACAUGAACCUCAUCCUCUGCGACUGCGACGAGUUCCGCAAGAUCAAGCCAAAGAACUCCAAGCAGCCCGAACGAGAGGAGAAGCGUGUCCUGGGCCUGGUGUUAUUGCGAGGAGAGAACCUGGUGUCCAUGACUGUGGAAGGGCCACCCCCUAAAGAUACUGGCAUUGCCCGUGUGCCACUAGCAGGUGCAGCAGGGGGACCUGGUGUCGGCAGAGCGGCUGGGAGAGGAGUGCCAGCUGGGGCCCCCAUGCCUCAGGCACCAGCUGGUUUGGCCGGCCCUGUCCGUGGAGUCGGGGGACCAUCCCAACAGGUGAUGACCCCUCAGAGUCGAGGGACGGUUGCAGCAGCGGCAGCCGCUGCCACUGCCAGCAUUGCAGGAGCCCCUACGCAGUAUGCACCCGGCCGUGGAGGCCCGCCCCCUCCCAUGGGCAGGGGGACCCCUCCUCCUGGAAUGAUGGGACCCCCGCCCGGCAUGAGACCUCCCAUGGGCCCACCAAUGGGCAUGCCACCUGGCCGAGGCUCACCAAUGGGCAUGCCUCCCCCUGGCAUGAGACCGCCUCCCCCUGGCAUGAGAGGCCCCCCUCCGCCCGGCAUGCGCCCCCCCAGGCCCUGAGGCCAACUGCAACAGGAGUGGAAUCUGCACCAGCUGGAGUUGGGGGGGGGAGAGGGGGUGUGGGGAGGGAGGGUUGUCUGUGUACACAAUUUCAGUUGACUGUUAUGACCUUUUUAAUAAAAGUUAGGAAGUUUUCCUUUA